AUGUUUAGGCCUACUAUACUCAAGAGAUGCGUCAGACUGUUAGCCACAGUAGCUGAAGAAAAAGCUCCAAGGGUCAAGAAAUUUCAAAUAUACAGAUGGAAUCCUGAUACUCCCGAAGUUCAACCCAAGAUGCAAACGUAUGAAGUGGAUUUGAAUAAAUGUGGUCCGAUGGUGUUGGAUGCAUUGUUGAAGAUCAAAAACGAACAGGAUUCCACUUUAACUCUUAGAAGAUCAUGUCGUGAGGGAAUUUGUGGCUCAUGUGCCAUGAAUAUUGGUGGUAGAAACACAUUGGCAUGUUUGUGCCGUAUAGAUACCGAUACUUCAAAAGAAACCAAGGUAUAUCCAUUACCACACAUGUUUGUUGUUAGGGAUUUAGUUCCAGAUUUGACUCAUUUUUAUAAGCAAUACAAGUCAAUCAAGCCAUAUUUGAAAAGAGACCACCAUCCUGAAGAUGGAAGAGAAAAUAUACAGAGCAUUGAAGAUAGAGCCAAAUUGGAUGGGUUGUAUGAGUGUAUAUUGUGUGCUUGUUGCUCAACAUCUUGUCCUUCAUACUGGUGGAACCAGCAACAAUAUUUAGGUCCUGCAGUUUUGAUGCAGGCUUACAGAUGGUUGAUUGAUUCUAGAGAUGAAGCUACGGCUGAAAGAAAAGCAAUGUUGCAAAACUCAAUGUCCUUGUACAGAUGUCAUACCAUUAUGAAUUGUGCAAGAACUUGUCCAAAGGGAUUGAACCCAGGUAAGGCAAUCGCAGAAAUAAAGAAACUGUUAGCAUUUGAUUAA